AUUUUUCUGCCAUUUUGCGUCGCGUGCUUUCUUGCAUUUAUAGCUGAUAUUCCAGUGACUUUAAAAAUGUUUGAUAUAACAUAUAAUUUGUCUAAAACAGUGUACGUUUAAGGCAUUGCCAUAUUAUUAAAAUUAGAUUUUCGCUAUGCCAUCGAAUUGUGUUUUUGAAUUCGAUCGGCCCAAUCCGGUGUACUAUAGCGGCGAGACAAUCAAUGGCCGCAUUAAUUUAACAACAACGAGCAACAAGUCCGUUAAUGCCGUUUACAUAUUGUUCGAGGGCGCGGCGAAGGUGCGUUGGGAGGAGCAUCGCUCGCGAACCGUCAACGGUAGAUCGGAAUCCUAUACAGAAUAUUUUCGUGGCAAUGAACAAUAUUUAUACACACGGACAGACGUCAUUGGCGAGAGCGAACUACCGGCAGGCAUGCACACCUAUACAUUUUGUAUACCGCUUCCACUGGAAUGUCCGACAUCCUGCGUGGAGAAGUAUGGCAAGAUCGCAUACGAGUUGUCCCUCGUAGUAGAUCGUUCGUGGCGUUUCAACAAUGAAUUCAAGCAGCCACUGACCGUGCUGCAGACCUACAACCUCAACAUGUAUCCCGAGAUGCUAGUACCGCUCAAGAGUGAGGACAUCAAGUACUUUUGCUGCUGGCCCUGUUCCUCGGGCCCCGUCAUCUCAACUCUGACUAUACCCUUUGGCGGCUAUGCGCCGGGUCAGCGCAUACACUAUGUCCUGCAUAUAGAUAAUCAGUCGCACGGUUACGAUUUGGAAGGCAUCAAAAUAUCCUUGAUACAGAUUUACGAGUUUAGAGCUAGCACGCCCUCUUAUAAAUCUCGCACGCAUAAAAAUACUCUCUGCUCGGAGUACCAGGCGGAGCAUGUGCGUCGUUUGUCCAAGCGCUUGAUUAAUGCCAGCCUCGUGAUACCACCUGUGCCGCCUUCAUCCCGGAAUCAACGCAUCAUCAACGUAUCCUAUCAAAUCCAGAUGGCCAUUAAAACAGGAGGUUGUCACACGGACUCGGAAAUCGAGAUGCCCAUCAUAGUUGGCACCAUUCCACUGGCUCAGAGUGCCGAAAACCCCAACAAUGUCGCCACUUGGAUACCUCAGACUCCAGAUACGCCCACAGGUGCUGCUGCCGAUCUGCCACCGAGCUAUGACACCUGCAAGCCUCCCUCGUUCGAGCAGGCCACGAACAUUGGAGACAAGUUUGUGGAUACAGAUGUGAAUGAGCAUAAUCGCACCGAUGACUUUAUACCUCGCUACCCCAUGUACACCGACUUCGCAAUGCCCUCGGCUCCGCCUAUGGAUGCAUCGCAAGUGCCCAGUGCGCCUGCACGAGAAUAAAUUAACAUAAAACUCUUUUGAUAUAAGAAUAACAAAAAUACUCCUUACCUACAAAUAUUUGGAUAUUAUGCAACUAUUUUCUACGUUCUGCAUUUACCAGUGUUUACUCAAAGCUUC